AUGGACUACACUCAGUCUCAAAAUACAGUCCAAGGGAAAGUGACUACAAUAUAUAGGCAUUUUUCUUGUCUGACCUCACUCUGUGUGCGUGUUUAAGUGGGAGGAUCCUCCUCAUGCAUAGGGGGAAGUCCCAAGUCAGACACUAAGUGUAUAUUUAAAUUAGCUUCCACGCUGAAAUACAGGCCUGUGUCACUCUCAUCUUCAAAGCAAGGAUUCUCCCUCCGCGUCUUCAUCUCGCUUGUGUGAGGGUUAUCAGGCCGAUGGGUGGAGGCUGUGCUGAAGGUCAGUAUCGGGAUGCUUUGGUGGGGUGUAUGGACUGUCUGGGGACAUGUCAGAAAUCACUUGUAAUCAGCAGAUGCAGAAGUUUCUGUGAGGCUGUAAAUUGUAAGACUCAACCUGGCCACUACUACGAUAAGCUGCUAAACAAAUGUAUAAAGUGUAAAGAGAUCUGCGGCACACAUCCUCCAGAAUGCGCCUCACACUGCCAGACUGAAGUUGCCACAGGACCCUCCACACUGACAGAUUCUGAUAUCCGCAUCUACUCCCUGCUGGCUGUGUGCCUGGCGCUGCUGUUUUCUAGUUUGUUUCUGGCCUUAGUAGUCUUUCUCAGAGGAGGCAAGGCCAAAACCUCUAACCCAGGACCCACACAGGUCAGUAAAUCCAAGAAGAAGAAGGAGAGCGAGGCCAGGCCGGGACAGGAGACUGGUAUUCCAGCUAGGCAACUGGGAAAAAGCUCCAAAGAUAUUCUAACGUCUCCGAGCUGCCCCGUUAACCUCGAGCCAUCAGACGACACCCUGCCGACAGAGACAUGCGUGUGUGUCCACUGCUUCCCCGACAUGAACAUGCGAGGCCCGGCCCAUAGCAGGACGCUCAGAGACCCUCCCGUGCUCUACCAGCAAGCUGUCCUCCAAAGAGCCCAGACCCAAAACGGAGGGGCUUGCUGGACGGAGCAGAGCUUCCAAACCUACGACAUGAAGGUCCAGGAGGAGGCAGCAGUGGGAUGAGUUUAGUGGUGCAAGGGAACUGGAAUUAAUUACCGUGUCUCCGAUCCAUCAGAGAAGGGUGUCGAUAUACUGGAUAUUUUUUUGCUACAAACACCAUCACAAUAUGUGACAAAAUAUUUGAAACUUUUAAGCUCAAAUUGGGUCAGCCCGUGGAAAUCAAUCCAUCACUAUAAAUAUAAUAUGGACAUAGCGUCUAGGUUGAAUUUAAUGACCACCAGGGGGCGAAACCAAGCCCUCAGCCUUGACCUUAACUCUACUCUUUUAAGCACUUGUUUAACACUUUCUGGAAAAUCCUAUAGAUCCAUCACUCAUUUCAGAUCUUAUGAAAUCAAAUAUUAACUUAAUUUUAUGUAAACUCUGUGAUUCUGAGAGCCAGAAAAGAGACCCAGAGUGAGACCCUCUCAGUUCCUACACUCAUUUAUACUGAAACCUUCACACUCACUUUUAAUACAAAAACUGUAAUUAUAUCUUUGCCGGAAAAACUGUCUGAUUUUAAGGAUUUUUAUGAACUACAUAAGAGUGUGUGUGUGUGUGUGUGUGUGUGUGUGUGUGUGUGUGUGUGGACGAGUAUUAACAUCUUUGUGGGGACCAAAAAUUGGAAGUUUACUAUACUUGUGGGGACCGACAGCUCUUGUGGGGACCAAAAUCCCAGUCCUGACUAGUUUGAAGGCAUUUCUGAGACUCAAAAUGUGGUUUUAGUGUCAGGGCUACAGUUAGGUUAUGGUUAGGUUUAGGGUAAGGGUCAGGGUUAGGCAAUCAUUUUUGAUGGUUAAGGUUAGGGUAAGCGGCUAGAGAAACCAUUAUGUCAAUGAGAUGUCCCCACAAGGAUAUAAAUACACACGUGUGUGUGUGUUGAAAUUUGUCGCCUUUAAAUUUGUUUGUCUUUUUCGAGCAUGGUUUAAACCCUCAUAAGGAACCUUCAUAAGUAAGCACAUGAAACCAAAUCAAUUUUAUAAGUUUACCCAAAGUGCACUUUUUAAAGGGUCAAAUGAUAUAACAAGUAUGAAAUUGAUAUGAAAAGUCUUAUUAUUAUCUACUUUUUAUUUACUAGUAGAUAAGUCAUCUUAUCUACUAGUCAUCUUUAUGCUGUAAAAAACCAGCUGAUUCUAAAGGGAUCAGGUGGGAAUGUUUUUUUCUUUCUAUAUGUAUCGACCCAAUUGUGAAAACCGUGAAUUAAAGGGAAGUAACAGCAGGA